ACUGCUUAUUGGCGUGGACUGUGCACGGCAGCGAAAUGGAAGGAAGGAUGUCUGCCUGUUUGUACAGAUCCUUCGGAGAAUGGCGAUGAAAGCAAAUCCGUCCGAAUGACCGCCUGCAACAGUCUCCCAAAUACGACAACCUGGUGCUGCGGCACAGACAACUCAGAGUGUUGCAAUUCAGACAAAGCAUUUACCAUUCCCGCUAAUUUCGGCGAUCCAUUUCCAUCACCAACGGCUAGCCCUGGCCUCUCAGACGGAGCAAAGGCGGGAAUCGGCGUAGGUGUCGCCAUGGGCGUUAUCGCCAUUAUAGCGGCCGGGGUUGCGUUUUGGCAUAUACAGCGAAGACGGUGGAGGAAUGCUGCUGCUGAUGCUGCUAACGAUAAUGCUAAUACUAAUACCGAUAUGGCGGCAGUAGAAAUACCAGCGCCACCAUACCAGGCGCAAGCUACGGUGCAGUCGCCCCAGGAGUUGGAAGGGAAUGGUGUUGGAAAUAGGGUUGGGAAGCCGGCCGGGACGGGGGAUGUGAGGCAUGAGUUAUCUGGGGAGUCUGCGGGUGGUGGACACGGUGUACACUGAUGAUUUUAUGGAUGAUGACGGUUAAGAUUUUCAAUGGGUUGGAUAUAAUCUCUAUAUGAUAAUAAAAGUUGACAUUAACUGUAUAUAAUUGUCGGUCGUUAUACAAGUGCUGUGUACUCGGCAACUUACUAGGGCUAGAUUAAGUAACAGCCAUGAGGCCGCGAGAUGUCCAC